GCGUGCGCGGGGCGCGGCGCGGGGCCGCGGGGCCCGGAGCCGUCGGCGGUCAGGAGCAGCAAUGUCCGUGCAGGUGGCAGCCCCCGGAAGCACGGGGCUGGGCCCCGAGCGCCUGAGCCCUGAGGAGCUGGUGCGACAGACGCGACAAGUGGUGCAGGGGCUGGAGGCCCUGCGGGCAGAGCACCGCGGCCUGGCCGGGCACCUGGCUGAGGCCCUGGCAGGGCAGGGCCCGGCGGCUGGCUUGGAGCUGCUGGAAGAAAAGCAACAGGUGGUGACCCACUCGCUGGAGGCCAUCGAGCUGGGGCUGGGCGAGGCCCAGGUACUGCUGGCCCUGUCGGCACACAUGGGCGCGCUGGAGGCUGAGAAGCAGCGGCUGCGGGCACAGGCCCGGCGGCUGGCCCAGGAGAACGCGUGGCUGCGGGAGGAGCUGGAGGAGACGCAGCGGCGGCUGCGGGCCAGCGAGGAGGCCGUGGCCCAGCUGGAGGAGGAGAAGAGCCACCUCGAGUUCCUGGGGCAGCUGCGGCAGUACGACCCGCCCGCGGAGAGCCAGCAGCCCGAGUCCCCCCCUCGCCGAGACAGCCUGGCCUCCCUGUUCCCUAGUGAGGAGGAGGAGAGGAAAGGUCCUGAGGCGGCGGGGGCUGCAGCAGCUCAGCAGGGUGGCUAUGAGAUCCCGGCCCGCCUCCGGACCCUGCACAACCUCGUGAUCCAGUACGCAGGGCAGGGCCGCUACGAGGUCGCUGUGCCACUGUGCCGCCAGGCCUUAGAGGACCUGGAGCGGAGCUCAGGCCACUGCCACCCUGACGUGGCCACCAUGCUCAACAUCCUAGCGCUGGUCUACCGGGACCAGAACAAGUACAAAGAGGCCACAGACCUGCUCCACGAUGCCCUGCAGAUCCGGGAGCAGACGCUGGGCCCGGAGCACCCCGCGGUGGCUGCCACCCUCAACAACCUGGCCGUGCUCUACGGGAGGCGUGGGCGUUACCGGGAGGCGGAGCCCCUGUGCCAGCGCGCCCUGGAGAUCCGGGAGAAGGUCCUGGGCCCCGACCACCCGGACGUGGCCAAGCAGCUCAACAACCUGGCCCUGCUCUGCCAGAACCAGGGCAAGUUCGAGGCGGUGGAGCAGCACUACGCCCGGGCCCUGAGCAUUUACGAGGCCCUGGGCGGGCCCCACGACCCCAACGUGGCCAAGACCAAGAACAACCUGGCCUCAGCCUACCUGAAACAGAACAAGUACCAGCAGGCAGAAGAGCUGUACAAAGAAAUCCUCAGCAGGGAGGACCUGCCCGCCCCUCUCGGAGCCCCCAACACAGGCACAGCCGGUGACACAGAACAGGUAAAGACCCUGCAUCGGAGCAGCUCCUUCUCCAAGCUCCGAGAGUCCAUCCGACGGGGAAGCGAGAAGCUGGUCUCCCGUCUCCGAGGCGAGGGGGCGGCGGGGGCAGCCGGGAUGAAGAGAGCUGUGUCACUCAACACGCUGAGCAUGGAUGGCCCGAGGGCUGCUGGGACCCAGUUCCCCAAUCGGCACGUGAGCGAGGCCCCUCGGACACUCAGCGCCAGCACCCAGGACCUGGGCCCCCGCUAGAGUCGGCAGGACGGC